UCUCCUGGUUGAUUGAAAAAGUUGAUGAGCAUCAAUAUGCGUCAAAAAGAUUUGCGCCCAGCACCUGCUCUAAUUGAGUAUAAGGGCAUGAAGUUCCUAAUCACCGAUCGACCAUCAGAUAUUACAAUUAAUCACUACAUUAUGGAGCUUAAAAAGAACAAUGUUAACACUGUGGUGCGUGUCUGUGAGCCGAGCUAUAACAUUGAGGAGUUGGAGGGCCAGGGCAUUACGGUCAAGGACUUGGCCUUUGAGGAUGGCACCUUUCCGCCGCAACAAAUCGUUGACGAGUGGUUUGAAGUUCUAAAGGAUAAAUACCAACAAGAUUCCGAGGCAUGUGUUGCCGUGCACUGUGUCGCGGGCUUGGGACGUGCUCCUGUCCUGGUGGCCUUGGCACUCAUUGAAUUAGGCUUGAAAUAUGAAGCAGCUGUUGAAAUGAUAAGAGACAAACGACGCGGGGCCAUCAAUGCCAAACAGCUGUCAUUUUUGGAAAAAUACAAGCCCAAGGCGCGACUAAAGCACAAAAAUGGACACAAAAAUUCAUGCUGUGUGCAAUAGAUUUCCAAAACCACAUAUAUUCCCACCAGAUAAAAAGUGUUCAUUUUUUCAAAACAAAAAAAUAAAAAACAGAAGAAGAUGGAAUUAAACAACAAUAAAUCUACACCUAAACAGUAAUAUUGAAAUGGAACUCCCAGAGAAACAGAAAAACAAAUAAGCAAACAAUAGACCAAUAGACAAAAUUGCCCAGUAAUGAGAGAAAGGCUACUUGAGGAACCCAAAUUGAAUUCUAUUGUCCCGAAUUGUAUUGUAUUUAUUAAUUGAUUGUAAUUUAUUUUAUUAUUAAUUUCAUUUGUAAAAAUCUAAACAUAAAUAACAAAAAACAAUUGUACUAAAUGUAUUUUGUUUUGGAUACUUUUUCUAAAGAAACAUAAAAACCUACAGUCGAAAUAAGUUCAGCAAAAAAAAAAGUAAUUUCACAUCAGACAUCAUAGGCAAUAAUAUGAAGUUGUAUUGCAAAUAGCUUAAACAAAAUAAUAACAAACAAGAUGUUAGAAAGCAAAUCAUAUAUAUGUAUACAAUAUCUAAGGAGAGAGAGAGAAGCGUAUUGCGAAUUAUUUAAAAAAAAAACUGCAUACAAACAUAUACAUAUAGUAUAUAUACAUAUAUAAAUAUACAGCGCUAACAAAAAUAUUCAAUAUGCAAAAUAUGUACUUAUAUUGAAGUUGUAAAGAGGAAAGAGAUAUGUUGCUGAUACUCAUUAUGGAUUUGUACGAUCUGCGUAAGUGCAUUCAAUGCAUUUUAUAGACACGGUACUUAAGAGCAUUCAAAGAUGUUUUAUUGAGGCAGCAAAUUUAUUAAUCAACAACCACAACAACCAACCUAUUGCCAACUGCUUUUUUUAAGUGUAAAAUAUGAUACAAAUACAUACUGAUUAUUGUAUAGUUUAUCGGCAGAUAGGCACAACUGAUCAGAGUCCAAGAGUAGCGCUUAAACAACAAAACCAUAUUUGUAAACAAAAAGCUCUGACGACCCAAAAAAAAAACAAAAAACAAAAAACUGCGACUGUAAACUGACUUGAUUUGAUUCUCAAAACAAAACAAAACCAACAAAAAGUAGAAGCAACUACUUUCAACUUAAAUCUAUAUUGUAAAAGAGUGUGCACAGCUAUCAACGAACUUCUUACAUAAGCAAGCAUUACAUAUACGAGUAUAUAUAAACAAGCAAACGCAUAUGUAAAUUAAUUUGCUUUCUUUUUAUUAUUGUAUUGCCACACAUGUGCUUAACUAUAAUUUCUUCUAAUUGUCAGUCUUUGUGUAUAGGGAGGCAGAAGCAAUUGUCCGUUCUACUCUUAUAUAUUAAGCUCAAAAUUGUUUUCUUGUACAAUAUAAAAUCGGUAGACAACUAAACAGAUACAAUUAAAUAAUAGUUUAAAAGGGAAACAUAUACCAACUAGUAUAUGGAUUCAACUAAUCACAGCGGAGAUAUAAAGUCAUAAGCAACUCCACUCCACAUUUAUUACAAAUAAAAAAGAAAUUAAAAACAAUAAAAGAAAAAGAAAAGCUAAUCAAUCACAAGCAACAGUUGUCAGCAAACAAGGAAAAACUACAGAAAAUUGAGAAAAUGAACAUGAAAAAAAAAAUAAGAAGCAACAUUAACCUUAUUUAACAAAACAAAUUAUAGUGUGAAAAGCGAAAAAUGAGAAAUUAAUGCUUACAAGUAAUUUAACCAAUAUUGAAUUGUAAUUUUUUAAAAUGUUAGUCAUUACAAAAUUAAAAACAAUAUAUAAAAGUCAAAAAUAAA